AUGGGCGAUCUAUGUCUCAGGAUCGCAAGAUUUCAGGACUGCAAAAGGAGAGAAGGAAGAGGAGAGACGGCGUUGUUCGUUUGGGUGCUCACAAUGGAUAAGAUGUCAACUGGUAAACAAAGACAAUUGUUCAGUCGGAGCAGGUGCUGCGAUGGUGAUCGUGGGAUUCCAGAUCGUUUGUGUCAUGCUCUUCACGUUACGAUCAUUUCUUAUCACUCCCCAGGCUUCUCAGGGAGAUCUUAG